CACCAAAUGUAGCAUAUCGUAUACCGUUUAAGCGCGCAAAAUAAGCAAAAACCAAAUUGCUAAAAACAAAUUGUGGUUAAAAAAAAAAAUCAUUCAAAACUGCACCUUUGAAUUCUAACUAAUCAAUUUCCCCUCUCAAGCUGAAUCUUUGUCCUACCACCAAAACUCCAACUUCAUUGUUUUCAUCUAUCAAAAAACAGAACAACAAAGAAAUUCAUAAUAGAUGGCGCUACACAACAAUCUGAAGCUGUUCUAUCUCCUCUUCUUCUCCUCUCUCGUCCUCCCCCACCAUUUAGCACAACCCGAGGUGUCCCCGAGCCCGGCGCCCGACUCCUCAGGUUCAUCACCGGGGCCGGCCCCAUCGCCAUUUGAUUACGCAGAUGAUGAAAUAGAAACUCAAGAGUUUUCCAUCUCACUACCUCCAUCAUCCUCAGAAACCCCAUCCAUCGCUCCGAGUGCAGAUGGCUCCAUCGAAUUCGAUUUCUCACCAGCCCUCGCCCCAUCAGGUGAUGCCGAUCCAGCGUUGGAGAACAUCUGCGACUCCACGGACUAUCCUUCCCUUUGUCUGUCCACAGUCGCUCCCUACUUAGACGGGGAGACCGACAUUCAAUCUGUCCUCGACGUGGCCAUCCAGGCCGGAGCUCAAUUCUCAAAAUACGGGCAGGCCACAGCACAGAAACUCGCUGGAAACCCGGGGAACCCACCUCAGCACGCUUCCGUCCUCAACGACUGCAAGGACGGUUUUGAAAACGCGGCGGACAACUAUGCCAAGGCCGGUGACGCCCUCGCCGAGCAAGACAAAGGCACCGUGAAUAGCAUGCUGAGUGCCGUCAUAACAUACAUUGGAGACUGUCAGGAGACGAUCUCAAAGGAUUCCCCAUUGUACAGCCUUACUGAUAGGCUGAUCAACAUGACGAGUAACUGCCUCGCUAUCAGCUCUCUCAUCAAUUGAAACUCAUAGCCAUAGAGCAGCUUCAAGCAUAGAUAUCAUGUGCAUUGCAACAUCUCUGAGUUCUUGUUGCGCCAGAGCAAGUAAAGAUGUAGAAAGAACUAGCAAGACUCAAACUAUAGUCAACCAUUUUUUCUGGUGAUUCUACAGGUUUUGUUUUCAGAGACAGCCCUGUUGAACAAGAAUAGCUGCAACUAUUUAACAUUCUUACAAAUUCUUCUCCCGUUCUUCGUGUAAAAAUCACCCUUUGUUAAAGUUCUUGAACUUUUAUUCUAGCAGCAACAUGGUUCUAAAUUUCUAAUAUACUAGACAACAAUAUCUCCAUCACAAGUGAGCAAAUAAUAGGUCAAUACAACAAUAAGCUUAUUUGACAAACAGGAAAGGUAAUCAACUUCAUAAUCAACUCCAAGAGCUUAUAAGCUCUUUAAAAUAAGCUUAGCCAAACACCCUCUAAGUAGAUUUCGUGCAAAGUUGAGGUUACCAAGCCAAUCGAAACUAAAAGAUGAGUAAUGCUUGGGUAAAUGGAUUUGUCGGUGUCUACAUAUCCUAAUGAAUAUUAAGCACGAGUAUACUCUUUCCUGUAUCACCGUUGCAAAGUGAAGAUGUAGCAACAGGUAGCAAAGCUCAAGCUAUAAAAUCAUUCUUCCUGGUGAAUCCGCAGGUUUUCAGAUGCAAACAUGUUGAAUAAGAAUAGCUGCUGCAAGUAUCUAACUUCUCUUCUUCUUCUUCUUCUUCUUCAUGUAAAAGUCAGUAAAUCACCAAUUCUUGACCUUUUAUUUAAACACCAAAAUGUGUACAAUAUACUGGCAAACAAUAUCUUCAUCAUAUAAUUGAGCAGAUAAACAGACAGUAAAAUAAUAAGCUAAGAUGACAAACGAAAAGCAAAAGUUCCACCAUUGGAAAUCAUCAAUCUAAAACAGAGAUGCAGCCUUGAUUGAGUAUGAUGGUGAAACUAAAGUUUCAACAUAAGCACCGACCGCAAUGAAUUCAGCCGCGUCCCUAACCUUGGGAUACCUAAACGAGGAAUCCCUUGCAUCAAAUAUGACAAAAGUUGAACCACAAAGCAACAGGACCCGACCAUCCUUGAGCACAUACGAUGCCCUCUUAUAGGUAUACUUGAGGAAAUCAUCAAUGUAAGGAAUUGUAAGCAGCUUGGUCCAAUCCUGGCCUCCCAUGAUCCACACAUCCGCACCAGUCAGGUGACUGCACAGCACGUACAACGAGCCCUCAGGCUCACACACUCCCAACCUCGAGUAAUACCCACUCUUCACAUAGCUCGGCAUUUGCAGUAUCUCAUACUCGUCCUUCUCCAAAUCAAGGAACACAAUAUCCAAACCGGAGUCUAACUCGUAACCUUGGCUUGCAAUCCAAUACAGCUUUCCAUUCGUAAACGCCCCCGGAGCAUCCAUCAACCAACGCCCCUCAAAAUUCUUGAUCCUCUUCCACUCAUCAUUCCUCAAACUAUAAACUUUCACGAUCACCUCAGGCAAAUCCCUAUUGUUAUUGAAAAAACCCACCACUUUAUAAUCAUCACUCGAUUUAUCAUAACCGAAACCAAAAGCAAAAUAACCACCAAUAUUUAUUUUCAUAUCGAACUCGGGCAGCUUUUUGCUGAUUCUCGUGGAUGGGUUCCACAAAAUCAUUUCUUUUCUAUCUAUCAACAGACAAACUAAACCAUUACAUGAACCCACCACCCAAAAUGAAUUUAUUUCGGAUUGAGCUGUGUAACUCAAAUCGAAUGCUUCAGAAAGAGGUUCAUACAGCAUCGAAUUAACUGAACAUUGCUUGAGUUUACCUCGACAGUUGAGAAUGAGUCUGUGGGUGGUGAAAUUUAGGUCUAAUUUUGAGUUUUCGAGAUGGGUUGCGACGAAUUGUUGGCUGGAAAUUAGGGCUCGCCAUGAUCUGCAGACGCACUUGAAUUUCAAGAGUGGUUUUAGUGGUAGCCUCGUGAGAAUUUCGAUUAUGACGUCGUUUGGGAGCUUGGGAAUUGCAAUGGUAGGAUCCUCCAUGGCUGAAGAGAUUUAUUUUGCGUAGGAUCUGAUUUUAGAAAAUUGAGUAGUGAGGAGAGGAAUACCGAGUGGUAGGAUCAACCAUUUUAUGGAUUGAUUGAAGAAGACUUUGCUAAGUCCACGUUCAGU